AUGAAAGUUUCAAUCGCUUUAAUUGCCGCUGUUUUUGCCGAGCAGGCGAUUCCAGCUACUUUCAAAGACUGCUGGGAUAAGUUCAAUCGAGAAUUGAGAAAAUGCGAAAGAUUGAAUGAACCAGAAGAUCAGCUCGUUUGUUUGUUCGAACUUUUCCGAGAUACUUCUUUUUGCGUUCUUGAAUCACUUUGCGAUCGAUUUGACGAAGAGACUGAUGACUGUACAUCAGCACCAACUGCAGAAGCAAAAUGCGUCAAAAAGAUCCUUGAUGAGUCAAUUUUCUUCGCAAGAGACCAAGACUGGCAGACAGUUGACUUCCAACAAGCAGUUCGGGAGCUGGAAGAAGAUUCUUACUCCUGUUUUUCCAAAUAA